AGACUCAGCUCAAGGAAGGCUCACAUUUUGAUUUGCCUCCUUGGGUUGUGACCAUGCGACAUGCUUAAGGUCCUGACAUUGUUGUCCUUGGGCCUAGCCCAUGGAUUUGGGAACGCAAGUCAAGGAGCCGUCCAUCUUGGCGCAGCGCCAGAAUCGAGAAACGUCGCCCGACACAGGCCUUGCAAACCGAGACCUGUUUGUUCACACUUGGUGGACGGGCGAAUUGAUUUGAAUGCUUUGGACCGCGCGCAGGGAUGGGCCUUAGCAAGGAGCUCCGCGGAUCCGUCCCCGGUGCUGAUCUUCCUCAAAGCUCCCACGUUUGUCUCGCAGAUCGUAGUGCAUUUGAUUCAUCAAGGACAUCCAGGUGCUGGCCGCCUUCUCAUGGUGUCCCUCUGGCAGAAGGCUUCAGGCCGUGAGGACCUGGGGCCUCCGACGAAACGCUGGAAGUGGGAUCCAGAGCGAGCCAUCGCGUCUGGCAGCUUCCGAGUUGUCGUGCCUGUCCAGCAAGUGGCCUUUGCUGUCGCGGUGGCAUGGGAAGGGCCACGAGACAACGGUCACGGCCCAGACCGCUCAGACCGCUCCACUGAAUCCGCUUCGAAUGCUUCGAAUGCAUCGAAUAUUUCGGACAUUUGGAUCUCAGAGGUCCUGGUCCUUCAAAAAACUUUGAGCAUCAGCCAAGUGUCCAGCCUCGUGUCCCACGACGUGUCCCACGUCAUGUCCCACGACGUGUCCCACGACGUGUCCCAGGUGUCACACCGGGCCACUGGCGGCACUGCGGACACUGCGGGCACUGCGGAUGCUGCCUCCGAGACGGCCGGUGCUACCACCGCCCGCGCCCUGGGGGUGACGCUUCAGAGCGUGAACAGCGUCACCCACAGCGUGAACACGGUCAGCCUGGAUGGUCCACCCAGGCUGCGAGCUUCCACGGCGUCCACGGUGUCCACGGUGUCGUUGUCAGAGACAGUGGAGCAGCUCGAGCACGAACUGCCCAAGAACGAGUUCACUACCUCUGUGCAGAUGCACGUGCAGAAUGAGCAGAAUGAGCAGAAUGAGAUUGAGCGAAUACCUCCAAUUUAUAUGUUCUCCAGGACGGUGAAGCCAAGCAAAGAGAUCGCGAUGGACAAGGAGACAGAGAAAGUUGAGAAUGUUGAGAAAGUCUUUGGUGUCUCAGGUGUGGCAACAGCUCACAAGAGUCAGAUACCAAGUGCAUUCGGUGCGACAUCUAGUUCAGGUGCUUCGACACCCAAUGCAUCUGAAUUUGAGAAGCCUUGGGGUCGUCCCGAAGACCCCCAUUUCUUGAGUCCUUGGCCAGGACGCAGAUCUGAGUUGGGAAUGCCCUUGAAGACUUGUCUUGGGGCUUUGCUGGCAGCAGUUCUUUUGGUCCUGAAGUUCAACAAGUUUGCCAUCUUCCAAUGUUGCAAAGGGAUCAGGGCCAAUGAUUUAGAGUACAACUAUGAUCGAUUGCCCAUUUCACGAGAAGACGCUGAGACCUGGUGGGAGCGCCCAGAACAUGGCAGAGAGAGCCAGGAAAGCGAGACACGGGAGAUACGUGAAACAUGUGAAACACGUGAGACACGUGAGGCACGUGAGGCACGUGAGGUGUGUCGUGAGGUGUGUCGCACUGGAACAGCCGGAACGGCUGGAACGGCAGUGGUUGGAGAUGAGCAGAGAAACGAUGGAAACGAUGCUCGGGCCAAUUCCAGACGACCCAGUGCAACGAGUGCAACAAGUUGCCAAGCAGCUGCAUCGGCCUCAUCGGCUGCAUCGAGCGCAAGCGGAAGCUCCCAAGCCCAGCAGCGCAGUCUCAGUCCCACCCUUAGUGUUUCCGAUCGCACUAUCUCAGAACCUGAACGAGAACCUCAUGAUGAGCCACACUCCGAACCAUCAAUUUCAGAUCCGCUUUCAACCCUACCUUCGACCACUGUCUCAGAGGCUGAAGAUGAGACUGACUCGAAUCACUCGAAGUUUCUGUUAGAACGUUCAGAGCGCUGUGACACCCGUCCAAGUGACUCUGAACACAUGAUGCUCCUCUAUGCAUCUCCCUUGUGUUUUCGUGAUGGUCGUGGUAUGAUACCCUUGCCGCAGAUCCCCGUUGAGAAGGAGUGGGAAACGGUGUUAGGUGCGUACAACGAAGCAGCUCACAUUCUCGCACGGACAUCUUCAUCUUCGCCUGGGGUAUCCAUCAGUGCACAGACGUUGACAGCUGGAAGUCUUCAACGUGCUAUCACAACCUGGCAUCCAGGUGUGCUGCAUCUCAGCAGCCACGGGGUGAAAAACUGCUUGGUACUCGAAGAUGGAGGAGGCACUGCCCAUUUCUUCAGUUGUUCGAUGCUCCGGGGCAUGUUGGAGUUGGCUGGUUCAUCCACCCGUCUGGUGCUGCUGAACUGCUGCUCCCUAUCGAGUAUGGGAUACGAAUUCGUGGCUGCGGGAGUUCCUCAUGUGGUGUGCUGUUCCUGCGACCUGAAGGACUCGGCGUCCACGGUGUUUGUGCGGAAUUUCUACGGCUUUUUGUUCCAGGGCUUCUCUGUGCAGCGCAGCUUCAACGAGGCCGUCGUGGCGCUGCGCAGCCACUCGGAGGGACAGCUGCAGGCGGCCUCGCAGCACUUCCGGCUGCUGCCCGAAACCCAAGGCCACGAGGAAGUGCUGUUCCUCCCAAAGGCCAUGGACUACGACUCGGAUUCCAGUGAGGGACGUCUGCGUUGGAGGCGGAGACCGAGGCGAGCCAAAACCUGUCCCCAGGUUCAGCCUUCUUUGUGCUGGCGCGCACUACCAUCUCUGCCAGAGGA